GUACCUGCCCGCCCGUCUCUCAUAUUUCUGUUCUGCUUUACUCAUCUUCAUUCACUCUCCAGUUCCCCCCUUUUCGUAUUUAGGGUUUAAUUUUCAGUUUAUCUAUCGGAUUUCUGAGAAACCUUAAAAGAAAUCACAACCGAUUCGUUUUGUAGUUUAGAAUCUGAAGAAGCGGAGAAAGGAGUUUAAGUAAUUACAGAUAGAAUGGCGGGAGAUGGAGAUCUCAAAAUUUGGGUUUCAGACAAGUUGAUGUCAAUUGUAAAUUUCUCUCAGGCCACUGUUAUUCAAUACGUUAUUGGAUUAGCUAAACAAGCAUCUUCGCCGAGUGAUCUUAAUACCAAGCUUGUAGAGUUUGCAAAUUUGCCUUCAACAACUGAGACAAGAAAAUUUGCUCAAGAGCUUUUUGCCAGAGCCCCACGUAAAUCCUCUGGGUUAAAUAGUUAUCAAAGAGAUGAGAAAGAGGCUGCUAUGUCAGUUAGGAAACAACAGACUUACGCUCUUUUAGAACCAGACUCUGAUGAGGACGUUAUUGCGGCUGUUCAGAAGAUACCCUCUCCUAAGAAAGUGGAUUCGCAUGAAAAGAGUUUCAGGAAGAAGAUUGAAAAUCAAGAUUAUGACGACGAAGAUGAGGUGAUGGCCGAACCAGUUAAUGAAAAACGAGCUAAAAGAAAGGCAUCAUAUGACGAGGAUAAUUUAGAGACAGAGGAAGCAAGACUACGAGAUCAGGAAGAGCGUAAACAACUGGAGAAAAAUUUGAGAGAAAGAGAUGCAGCUGGGACUAGAAAGUUGACGGAGCAAAAAUUAUCGCGUAGAGAAGAAGAGGAGGCAAUUCGAAGAUCCAAAGCCAUGGAGAAAGAUGACACUGAAGCUUUAAGAGUGGUUUCAAGACAAGAGUAUUUAAAGAAAAGGGAGCAAAAGAAAUUGGAGGAGAUCAGGGAUGAUAUAGAAGAUGAACAGUAUCUCUUCGCUGGUGUGAAGCUCGCAGAAGCAGAAUUGCGCGAACAAAGGUACAAGAAAGAAAUCUAUGACGCUGUAAAAAAGCGGUCAGAAGAGACGGAGGAUGUUAAUGAGUACAGGAUGCCUGACGCUUAUGAUGACCUCGAUCGUGGCGUAAAUCAGGAGAAGCGAUUUGCUACUAUGGUGCAGCGAUACAGGGAUGGUGCUGGAGAUAAGAUGAACCCAUUUGCAGAACAGGAGGCAUGGGAAGAUCAUCAAAUCGGGAAGGCAACUCUACAGUAUGGUUCGAAAAAUAAAAAAAUGUCAGAUGAUUAUCAGUAUGUGUUCGAGGACCAGAUUGAUUUCAUCAAGGCUUCUGUCCUGGAUGGUGAAAAGUAUGAAGAUGAACUGACAAGUGAUCAGCCUGACAGUUCUAGUGACAAAUCAGAGUUACAGAAACUCAAGGAAAUUAGAAAGACACUUCCAAUCUACAAUUACCGAGAGCGCCUACUAAAGGCUAUCGAGGAGCACCAGGUUCUUGUCAUUGUCGGGGAGACUGGUUCUGGGAAGACUACGCAGAUUCCCCAAUAUCUUCAUGAAGCUGGUUUCACAAAACGGGGAAAGGUUGGAUGCACCCAGCCACGUCGUGUGGCUGCUAUGAGCGUCUCUGCCCGAGUUGCGCAGGAAAUGGGCGUUAAACUUGGCCACGAGGUCGGUUAUUCCAUACGUUUUGAAGAUUGCACCUCAGAUAAAACAGUCUUGAAGUAUAUGACAGAUGGCAUGUUGCUACGAGAAUUUCUUGGUGAACCUGACUUGGCAAGCUACAGUGUUGUGAUGGUGGAUGAGGCACAUGAAAGAACGCUGUCAACAGAUAUUUUAUUCGGGCUGGUUAAGGACAUUUCUCGGUUCCGGAGCGACUUAAAGUUGCUUAUUUCUAGUGCAACUCUGGAUGCGGAGAAGUUUAGUGAUUAUUUCGACUCUGCUCCAAUAUUCAAAAUACCCGGAAGACGAUUUCCUGUUGAUAUUCACUAUACUAAAGCACCAGAACCUGAUUACUUGGAUGCUGCAGUUGUUACCGUUCUUCAAAUUCAUGUUACUCAACCUCCUGGUGAUAUUCUGGUGUUUCUAACGGGACAGGAGGAAAUUGAAACUGCAGAAGAGGUUCUAAAACAUAGAACACGAGGACUUGGAUCGAAGAUAGCUGAACUGAUCAUAUGCCCAAUUUAUGCGAACCUUCCAACUGAGCUGCAAUCUAAAAUAUUUGAGCCAACUCCUGAAGGGGCAAGAAAGGUUGUAUUGGCGACCAAUAUCGCAGAAACAUCUCUGACAAUUGAUGGGAUAAAAUACGUGAUUGAUCCUGGGUUUGUCAAGAUGAAGUCCUAUAAUCCAAGGACUGGGAUGGAGUCUUUACUAAUCAAUCCCAUAUCAAAAGCGUCUGCAAAUCAAAGGGCAGGCCGAUCUGGACGAACAGGCCCUGGAAAGUGCUACCGCUUAUAUACAGCAUAUAACUAUCUUCACGAUUUGGAAGAUAACACUGUUCCGGAGAUACAGAGGACUAAUCUAUCAAACGUUGUUCUUACUCUCAAGAGUCUCGGCAUUCAUGACUUGUUGAAUUUUGACUUCAUGGACCCACCACCGACGGAAGCAUUACUGAAAGCUUUGGAGUCUUUGUUUGCCCUCAAUGCACUGAAUAGUGUAGGAGAGCUGACUAAAGUGGGAAGAAGGAUGGCGGAGUUUCCUCUUGAUCCCAUGUUAUCUAAAAUGAUAGUCGCUUCAGAGAAGUAUAAAUGUUCUGAAGAGGUUAUUUCUAUCGCGGCGAUGCUCUCUAUUGGAAAUUCAAUAUUUUACCGUCCCAAGGACAAACAAGUGCAUGCAGAUAAUGCUAGGUUGAAUUUUCACACUGGGAAUGUUGGGGACCAUAUAGCGUUACUUAAGGUUUACAGUUCGUGGAAGGAGACAAACUUUUCAACGCAGUGGUGCUAUGAGAAUUAUAUUCAGGUGAAGAGUAUGAAGCGCGCCCGAGAUAUUAGGGACCAACUGGAGGGAUUAUUGGAGAGGGUUGAAAUCGAACUAACAUCUGAAUCCAAUGAUUUGGAACCCGUAAAGAAGGCUAUAACUUCAGGUUUUUUCCACCAUACUGCGAAGCUGCAAAAGAAUGGAGCUUAUCGAACUGUGAAGAAUCCUCAAACAGUUCAUAUACAUCCAAGUUCUGGUCUGGCACAGCUGCUCCCAAGAUGGGUGAUUUACCAUGAAUUGGUCAUGACGACCAAAGAAUAUAUGAGACAGGUCACAGAAUUGAAACCAGAAUGGUUGGUCGAGAUCGCACCACAUUACUAUCAGCUUAAGGAUGUUGAAGAUGUUGGAACAAAGAAAAUGCCUCGUGGAGAGGGACGUGCAGAGAAAGACUAAGAAUGGUGGCGGGAUAUAAAUAAAUCUGUGAAUAAAAAUUUUGUAAAGUAGGAGCUCCCAUGUUGAAGGGAAACCAAGUUUAUAGCAUUGGGAUAGUUGGAUUCUUGAGUUUUAGUAGGCAAAGAAAAGCACAUGGAUAGGUCUUUUAUGUGUAACCCAUAACCCAAAUUGUAUACUUUUAUAGUAGAGUAGUCUUAGUGUGGGAUAUCCUAACCAAGUUUUAGUAAAUUGAAUUUAUGUAUUUAUGCAUGUUUGCCUACUUGGCCUGUAAUAAUAAGUCUUCUCUUAUCUCGUUUGUAGAAUUUCAUUAUUUUGACUUCUUGGGUAUUGUUCUUGCUUGUA